GUCUGGGUGUAAGAGAGGAUGUGAACAAGAGCCAGGAAGCUACAGGGGAAAAUACAGUUCAGAUCAAAAGGCCAAAAGAACAAACCCCCCCAAACCCUCUGGCAGUUGUUGGGUGGUGGACUUGUCAGAGUUUCUUUUAUUGAUUUUACUUUUUUAAGUAAAAAGGGAGAAACCCCCAGAGCAAUUGCUGUUGAGUUCCGAAUGGGUCACUUGCCGCCGAAAAGAGUUUUGCUGUCUUGAUCAGAGCAAAUGGCUGCCCCAGAAUCAGGAAGAAAGCAGAAGAAAACAGGGUUUGGCCCGUGAGGAACCCCAAGUGGAUGUGAAUCAGGCCCACGUCCUGCCCGCUCCAUCCGGCAAAAAGGCCACUCCGUGACUCCCAGCAGCUCCCGCUCCGGCCCGCCUGACCUCACGAGGACCUCAUCGCCCUUGGCGACGCCGUGCUCCACUGGCACCAAACCUUCAGUGCCUCUGUUUCCCCUCGACCAACCCCUGGGAGACCGGCAGGGCCGGCAACGGGCCGGCGACCUGACGUCUCGGGCCGGCGAUGCCAGGAGCUGACGCCAACUGCUGAGGACACAACCGCUCCGGGGGGCAGCCAACCAUGGCAGAUUGGUGUAGCGUCCAACCCGUGUUCCUGUGGCCAGUUGGGGAGCAGGUGCUGGACGUGGCCCUGGGCAACCAGCUUACGCUCAACUGCACCUUCCGACUGCCGGCCAACGGACGGCCCUGCCCGGGGGACGUGUUCCUGUGGACCAAAGACGGCCGGCCGCUGGACCACCUCGGCGACAUCAGCGAGGGGCUCAGCCCGGACAAUGCUACGGACGUCCACAGCAGCCUCCUGAGGGUCAACCUGACCAGCCCGCAGGACUACGGUGUCUUCUCCUGCCUUGUGAGGAACACCACCGCCUCGUUCACACUGCAACACGCCGAGGCGUCGGGCCGGUGGUGGUGGUCGACGUGGUGGCCUGUGGUGACACUUCUGGGGUUGGCACUGCUGCUGCUGGCGGGGGCCCUGCUGAUCGCCCGCAACUGCCGCCUCAACGCCCGCCUCUGGUACCGCAACAACUACGGGGACUUCGAGAUCAACGACGGGAAGCUGUACGACGCCUAUGUCUCCUACAUCAACUCGGCCGAUGAUCGGAAGUUUGUGAAUUUCAUCGUCAAGCCCCACUUGGAGAAUCGGCAUGGCUACAAGCUGUUCCUGGACGACAAAGACAUCCUCCCUCAUUCAGAGCCGUCAGCCGACCUGAUUAUGAACGUCAGCCGCUGCCGGCGUCUCAUCGUCGUUCUCUCCGAUGCCUACCUGGAGCAGGAUUGGUGCAACACCAAUUUCAAGGAGGGGCUGUGGAGGCUGUUGGAGCUGUCCCGAAAACCCAUCUUCAUCGCGUUCGAGAGCCAGCGCCGAGAGCUGUGCCACCCGGCCAUCCGCCUGCUGAGCCAACACAGGCACACCGUCACCCUGCUGCUCUGGAGGGCCGGAUCCAUGACGCCGUCCUCGGACUUCUGGAAGGAGCUGUGCCUGGCCCUGCCCCGGCGGUUGCCUUACCGGACCCUCGUUGGGGACCCCCAGACCCAGCUCCAGGAGGACAAAGACCCCAUGCUCACCCUACACGGCGGCAGCUACCUGGAGACUCGGGCCGACCCCGACCCCGACGGAGACCUGGGUAUCCGCGGGCCGAUCUUCAGAGACCCCCGCCCCCUGUACCUGAGCGCCGAGGCCCGGGCCCCGGCCGAGACCCCGCCGGGGGAGCCCCCACCGAGGGCUGACAUCGACGUGUCCGACCUGGGCUCCCGCAACUACGGGGCGCGGACGGACUUCUACUGCCUGGUCACCGAAGACGACGUGUAGAGGCCCGGCCCGGGCUGGGGCGGCCGGCGCGGGACCCCCCACUCUCCGAGGGGCCUGCACAACUCCACCUUUAAGGGGGCCGGAGGCAGGCCCUGGAGGGUCCUUGUCGCCAUCCUUGUGGGACUCCGACCCCCGGACCCCUCGAUUUGGAGGGCCCGACCCGCAGCCGGGAAGCAAAUCCGCCCCAGGGAACACGGCUCCCUCUGCCACGAGGGUCAGCUGUGAUGCCAAACAUCGAGGACCACGACCCCUGGGUGCCCCCCAUCCCCCUUGGCCGGGCUCAGACCCCCACAGACCACCCCCGGGCUGCCUCUCCAGCUGCUGCCCGUGUGUCUAUGCCGGAGACGCCGGGUCAUUCUGUCCCCCUCCGGCCUGUGAAAUGGUGAUGAUUGUGGUGGGGGGCCCGGGAUUCCCGGGGAGCACCCUGAUUAGUUCCUUCCUCCAGAAAUGAAAAUAAAAGCAAUAAUUCCAAA